AUGGCGUAUAGUCAAUCUUCACCUGGCGAUACGCCGAGUCCGGGAAUAGGGGAAGCGAGCCAUGAAACUCUCGAUAUUUACCAGAACCAGAACCGACGGUCAAGAACAACCUCCCCAAAACCGCUUCGGAGAAACCAAAGAUCAGCCACCAAUUCUCGUGCAUCGAGUCCAAAUCCACUUGCCUUUCUCCAUGAAGGUCUUGUGAACAAAGUUCGUGUGCUUCGAGCAGAUGCUACCUCACAUCCUACCGAUAUGCUCGUUUGUCCUUCCGAUCCGACUUUGUCAGCAAAAUGGUGUAAUCUUACCGCAAAAAUACACGAGGCUGCUGGCCCAAAGCUGGUAAAUUUGGUAUCAAAUCGUUAUUCUGCAGGAAUAAGUAACCCACCUUCAAAACGGUGGUCGGAGUAUGUCAAUGACAAUGAUAUCGAAUCACCAUUCAAAUCUUUCUUCAAUACCGUCAAGCAUAGCCCCAGUUUCGAGAUGACGAACUGCGAUUGGUUGGCGCACAGUUGUGUGCCUUCCUAUGGCCAUACAAAUGGGAGGGAUGUCAAAAGCUUAAACGACCGUCAAAUAAAUGAGCGAAACAACGAGAAAUAUAAUUCGGUAUAUCUCGCGCUCAAAAAAGCACAUUUGGUGGCACUGGUUCAUUGGACGCGAGCUUUCAGCAUUGCGAUUCCUCAAGUCCAAUAUGACGCCGAGUUCUAUACUCCUCGAGAUGAUGCUAUCCUUACACUCGCCGCGAUUGUGGAUUUCUUCAAUCACCCUGUCUGGGGAGCAAGAAGAUGCAAUACCAUAAAGCGUGUUGACAUCAUCAUCGAUCCUACUGACGAUGGGAUUCCGUACGUCGAAGCCUACGAAUUUGCAUGGCAGUGAGUCUAUCUUCUUUGAAGCACCUAGAACGACAUUUUAAUAACAACCGGUCAGUGUAAUGAAUAUGCAAUCGAAGGGCAAGGAUAUCGUUCCACUUAUUGGUUCAAAGAAAGGCUUCCUGCGAAGACCAUUUCCAAUAUACCGUCCUCCAUUACCGGCCCGUGAUCCAGACGCAAACUACCAACCCCCAAGAUUGAUGCAUGAUGUAUUGUCUUUGCCGACAGACAUAGAAACUACAGACAAUUCCCAGCAAGUACCCGAAUCUCAAGAGUGGAAUCUCUUGGAGCAGGCAAAGCUUGAUGAAGAUGGAGAUAGCAUAUUCGGUGAAUUCAUUCAAGAAUCCAUCUCAGAUUUCCAGGAUAGCGACGCGGGGCUUGGAAAUAGGUAUAUCUCACUUCUCGGUAAGGGAAUUUAGAAAGAAAGGAGUUGCUGAUGAUGAUAAUAGUCCCCUCAACUUCCAUGAGACCACCCACACUGGCAGCAGCUCGCCAUAACAAGACGAAAGAACGAGCGCAGAGGGAACUCUCAUUGCGUCCCAAGAAGACUCUCUCAGGGAACUAGCUCCCCCCAUAACUUCCUAUCCAGGAAACCGUAAAGGUUCACAAUCAUCAGCCGGUAUCUUCCCAUGCAUCCCUAUCACCACCCCCAAUAGACGAAGAGGACACACCACCAUUCCGCAGUUCUUCACCCUCGCCAGAAUACAUCCCUUCACUUUUUAUAGCACUCAAGUCCCCAACUGAUGAUGGUUUCAUUACACCAACCAUUCCAGGCCUCAACCUUCUCAAAACAGCUCUUGAAAACAGCUCACCUCAGACCUCCCCCCUAUCCGGAACUCCCAAGCGACCCUCUUUCUCAUUCCAAAGUUUGCAUUACGGACUUGAAGAAAGAGAAUUACCAACACCGAAGAUUACCAUCACUCCACCACAGGAGGCAUUGAGAGAUAGAGUUGCUAAUUGAAGGAGAGGAGAUCUAGCGAGGCGAUGGUUUCUUCCCCUCUCGCCAGCUCCGUGAUCAAUACAGAAAGCGAUGAAGACGAGGAAUGUAAUCUGGAAGGUAUAGAUGCGGACGAGAAUCCAAAUGCACAAGCAUAUACAGAUUCCAACACAUUCUCCCUCGACCAAGAAAUGUUUCAAUUCUCA